AGAGAAACGAAACUUAACUCUGGCUCUGUCAGUGUGAGCAGUAAAAUGGCUGAAGGUGGAGGUUUAUUCGAUCAGGACCAGUUCAGCUGUGCGAUCUGUCUGGAUCUGCUGAAGGAUCCGGUGACUAUUCCCUGUGGACACAGUUUCUGUAUGGGCUGUAUUAAGGGCUGCUGGGAUCAGGAUGAUCUUACUGGUGUCUACAGCUGUCCCCAGUGCAGGCAGACUUUCACCCCAAGACCUGAUUUAAGAAAAAACAUCAUGUUUGCUGAAGUGGUGGAGAAACUGAAGAAGACAGAACUCCAAACUGCUCCUCCUGCUCACUGUUACGCUGGACCUGGAGACGUGGCAUGUAAUGUCUGCACUGGGAGAAAGCACAAAGCCAUCAAGACCUGUCUGGUGUGUCUGGCCUCUUACUGUGAUACUCACCUCAAACUUCACAAUGAACUCAACCCAGGAAACACACAUAAUGUCAUCAAUGCUACUAGAAACCUGCAGGAGAACAUUUGUCCUCAACAUAAAAAACUGCUGGAGGUUUACUGUCGUACUGAUCAGCAGUGUAUCUGUCUGCUGUGUGUGAUGGAUGAACACAGAGGCCAUGAUACAGUCUCAGCUGCAGCAGAAAGGACUGAGAAACAGAAGCAGCUGGGGGCGACACAGAGUAAAUUCCAGCAGAGAAUCCAGGAGAGAGAGAAGGAGCUGCAGGAUCUGACACAGGCUGUGCAGUCUCUCAAGCGCUCUGCACAGGCAGCAGUGGAGGACAGCGAGAGGAUCUUUACUGAGCUGAUCCGCUCCAUUGAGAGAAGGCGCUCUGAGGUGAAAGAGUUGAUCAGAGAUCAGGAGAAGGCUGAAGUGAGUCGGGCUGAAGGACUCCUGGAGCAACUGGAGCAGGAGAUUGCUGAGCUGAGGAGGAGAGACGCUGAGCUGGAGCAGCUUUCACACACAGAGGAUCACAUCCAUUUCCUCCAGAGCUGUCAGUCUCUCUGUGCCCCUCCUAGACCUGGAGACUUUCCCAGCAUCGCUGUCAGUCCACACGGCUCUUUUGAGGCUGUGAGGAAGUCUGUCUCUGACCUGAAAGAACAAUUGGAGGACGUCUGCAAGAAGGAACUAGUCAAAAUUUCAGAAUCAGUGAAAGAAGUCCAUACUGUAGAGCCCAGGACCAGAGAGGAUUUCUUACAGUAUUUCUGUCACCUCACACUGGACCCCAAUACAGUGAAUAAAUACCUCUCUCUGUCUGAGGGGAACAGAAAGGUGACCCGUGUGAGAGAGAGCCAGUCAUAUCCAGAUCAUCCAGAGAGAUUUGAGCACUGGGCCCAAGUGCUGUGCAGAGAGGUGGAAGACAUCCGUACUGUUGAGCCAAGAACCAGAGAGGACUUCUUACAACAUUCCUGUCAGCUCACUCUGGACCCCGACACAGCGUUUAAAUACCUCGGUCUGUCUGAGGGGAACAGAAAGGUGACCCAUGUGGGAGUGAUCCAGUCAUAUCCUGCUCAUCCAGAGAGAUUUGAGCACUGGCAGCAAGUGCUGUGCAGAGAGGGUCUGUCUGGAUGCUGUUACUGGGAGGCUGAGUGGAGUGGGGAUGGGGUUUUUAUAGCAGUGUCAUAUAAAGAGAUCAGCAGGAAAGGGCAGGGUUAUAACAGUGGUCUGGGAUGUAAUAACAAGUCCUGGAGUUUGCGCCGCUCUUACGGCGGUUACUUUUUCAUGCACAAUGCUGAGAGCACUGAAAUUCCUGCCCCCCCCUCCUCCAGAAUAGGAGUGUACCUGGAUCACAGGGCAGGAACUCUGUCCUUCUACAGCGUCUCUGACACAAUGACCCUCCUGCACAGAGUCCAGACCACAUUCACUCAGCCCCUCUAUCCUGGGUUUAGGGCUUGGGGAAUUGGAUCUUCUGUAAAACUGUGUGAUCUGGGAUGGGGGAGAGAAAAUCAAAAUCAGCAGUAAUCAGAUCAAAGAGGGAAAUACAACCCAAAACCACUAUGGAAGAAUAUUACUGCAAAUUAAUUAUUGAACCCAAAUUCAUGAACUAAAUGCAAAAAUCUAAUAUUCUUUCAUGAACCUUCAUUCUUUGUUGUUCACAAUGCUAAAAUCAGUCACUGGAAUUUUUAUGAGUUCAUGUACAUGUUCAUAACCUGAAUUUGUAACUUAAAGUAUGGUUAAAUUCCAUGUAUUUUCUGAUUUAAUUUCCAUAGGUUCGAAUAGCAGUGGCUGAAUCUUUGCUUUAUUUCUUUGAUGUGCAGAUGUUCAGUGUAGAGUGAUUAAAUUUGGGUUUAGAACCAAAACAUUUAUUGAAUUGGAAAAUGUUGAAUGAGUAGCUUCAAAUCAACUAUUAAUUAUUUGAUCAGGGUUGUAUCAAUCAAUCAAUCUUUAUUUAUAUAGUUGUAUUAAUAUGUGAUUGACUGACUUUAACACAAACUGUACAGGUGCUCAGUUUCAUUCAUUUGUGAAAUAAAGGUCUUAUAAUCUGUG